ACAGACUUCGGAUUUGCCAAAAAAAUCGGGUUUGGCUGUAAAACAUGGACAUUUUGUGGUACUCCGGAAUACGUGGCACCGGAAAUCAUUCUGAACAAAGGACACGAUUUUGCGGUGGAUCUUUGGUCCAUGGGGAUAUUAAUCUUUGAACUGCUGACUGGAACCCCACCAUUCAACUCUUCAGAUCCAAUGCGAACGUACAAUAUCAUCUUGAAAGGUAUCAAUGCGAUUGAAUUUCCGAAGAAAAUCAGUCGAAACGCCCAAUGUCUCAUAAAAAAACUCUGUCGAGAAAAUCCCACGGAACGGCUCGGUACAAGACAUGAAGGUAUCAUGGAGCUACAAAAACAUGUUUGGUUCGAGGGAUUCAAUUGGAGCGGUCUACGAGCGCAAACCUUAAUUGCCCCUAUCAUUCCCAAAGUUGCUUCAGCCACAGACGUUUCAAACUUCGAUCGAUACACCGAGGAUACCGAAUUGGCUCCGGAGGAUCUAUCCAAUUGGGACCGGGAUUUCUAA